AUGAAGAACAUUGACCUUUCUAGGAACAAACUUACAGGUGAAUUCCCCAUAGGUCUAUGUAACUUGGCCUUUUUGGACACGUCCCAUUCCUCGAAGCCUCUCAUCAUUGACGCUAUUGAAUCACUUGAACUUGUCUUACAACAACUUAUCGGGAAGAAUCCCAACAGGGAAUCAGCUCCAGACGCUCAACGAUUCAUCCAAUUACGAAGGCAAUCCAUUUCUCUGUGGGUUCCCCUUUCAACAAGCUGUCCAGGAGACACCAUCUCUCCUACCACACCAUAUUCUCGAGAUGGUGGUGAUUCGAAAGACAAGUUGUUUCUCUAUCUUAGCAUUGCUAUGGGAUUCAUUGUGGGAUUUUGGGGUGUUUGUGGUACCUUGGUUUUGAAGGAAUCAUGGUGGCAUGCUUAUUUUCGAUAUGUAGACGAGUUGAAGGAGAAGGUGUUACUUUGGAUUGCAUUAUUUGGAUUGCAUUAG